GGGAGCGACUGAUACGGAAUGGCAGCCCUCCUGCUCACGCUCCUGCUAACGUACCUUGCCAAGCUAGAAGGGAGCCAAGAGCUGAUCAAGCCAGGACCAGAAUCCGGGGUGAUGCUGAGAGACUCCUCCAGCUUCCUAGUAACCGAAACGAAAAUAGUAACCCAACAAGUCUAUGUCUCCUUGGAACCUGCCUUGGUGGUAAAGAAGCACUUCGGGAAGUUACCACCCCAAGCCACCCAAGCAACCCGAAUAUGGUAUUAUGACUUCCUAAGAUAUAGUGAACAGAAUAUCGGAACGAUCCUGAAGCAAUUACAAAGAACCAUGAUACUUCCCCCCACCACUGUCAACCUAACACGUUCCAAGAGGUCUAUCGGCCUGGGAGGGGUCUUUGGAAUACUAUCCGGUUUUAGCUCCUUAAUCACACUAGGAGUAUCCAUAUCCAACGCCGUAAAGAUUGGACACCUCACGCAAGGUAUCGAGAAUUUACAGCUCGAUAUGCAUCAGAUCCAUCAGCAAAUACAACACCAACAAAAGAAUCUGGUCGAAAUGGGAUCCACCCUCCGAGACACCGUGGUUCUCGUAAACCUACAUUCUAUCAUGAUUAACUUAACAUUCCAAGAAUUGAGUUCUGCAAUCCGAGGUCUAUACGAAGAAGAGAGUAUUCGAGAGCCAAUUCAGUGGGUGAUCCAAGACUUGUUGCGUAGCAUCAGCGGCAGCGUCAGUGAUCUUAUACAAGGACAAAUUCCGUCAUAUCUGGUAACUCCAACACUGAUAAAAGAUGUGCUACAAGCAGCAUCCCCGGAAACAAUCAGUCCAACUCAAGUACAAAUUGCCUUCAACAUGGGUACAGCCACACCCAUACAUGUGGACCCCCAAACUAGACAGCUGGCAUUUUUGCUAAAUUUACCCCUGGUCAAACCCGGAAAUGUAUUUCGAUUGCGGACAGUAUUGAACGUGGGUACAUGGAAUAACGACAUUUACUCCAAGAUGGAAACUCCCUUAGUGGUGGCCUACCAGGAAGAAGGCCCCCUUAAGUACCUGGUGCCUGACCUAAACCUGUGUCAAAUAAUGAAAGAGGUUCAUUGGCUCUGCCCAGGGGAACCAUUUCUGACCAAUACAGCAGAACUAAUGUGUGGUCUGUCAAACCUAAGCUCCAAGGAAACUUGCAAGUUUAAGCUAAGUAAACCCAAAGAAAGAACCGGAACAGUGGCCAUGAUAGCUAAUGCCCAGUGGUUGAUUAGCACCCCUCUAGACACGGCAAUUGUUUCCACCGAUCAACACUCCAUAACUAUGGAAGUUCCGAUUCCAAGCCACGUCGCACUGGUCACAAUACCAAGAGGAACAUUCGUACGCAUAGGGGACAAGGUAUUAUAUAACCUAGACAAAAGCCUACACCAAGCGGAGGUAGAAAUAGUAGACACAUUCCGAGGCCAAUAG